AUGGCACAAAUUCGAUCUUUUUAUAUUUCAAAUAUAAAAAAUGAGUUAACUUUUUUUGGUCAAGAGUCAUCACCUAAUAAUUUACGAAAAUUAGUAACAUCAGCAACAUUUCUUUUUGAAGAUACUAUGGAAGAUAUAGAAGAUGCUGAAUUAGAAAUGGAUGAUAUUAAUUUAUCAGAACAUUUAGAAGUUAUUAAUCAAUUAGAUAUUGAAAAUGUGGUACAUUUAAAUGAUAAAACAUUUCGAAAUGAAGAAUCUGAUAUUAAUAGUGAAGAAUCACAGACUGAUAGUGAAGAAGAAAUUGAUGAUGAAGAAUUUAUUAUUAGAAGUAAAAAAGGACAAGAUAUAUUUGAUUUUAAUCCUGAAGAUUUAGUGACAGAUUUA